GAUGUUGUUUCUCAGCACGUUAUCGAAGUACUUUGUAAAGAGUUUUGCAAAUAGUAUCAUGCCUUCUGAACUUCCAUAGUUAACGAGUUUCGGUGUACUAUUUAAAUCGUAGACUUCAGCUCUCUGCGAUUGGUUCGUGAGGUGUGAUUCAAACAAUUUCAGUGCCAUUCCGCGAACUCUUCUUCGUUCCAUUGCGUUGAGCAUAUGACCUUUAUUCCUUUAGUCAGCAUUGUGGUGCAUUUGUGUGGUUGGUUGUUGAAAGGCAGUCGAAUCAAACUACAUAUCAAACUCGUGAAGAGUAGAUUGGAAAAUCAUGUGGCGUUGCAUUUUGUUACUAGUCGCGUGUGUAUAUACAGCGAAAACUUUUCCUUGUGUACGUCGCAAUUUCGGAAACGACAGAAUAGUCUGUGUAUGCAAUGCUACGUAUUGCGACAAUACGCAGAUUUCCAAUCUCACUGGGAAUGGUUCUUAUCUUCGAUACACAUCAAGUCAAGACGGCCUGAGACUCGAAGAAACGCAGGGUGAUUUUGUCAAGGAAUGGACUGCCGAUCUCAAUAGUUUCCAAAUAGAUCCUGACACCACGUAUCAAAGUAUCGAGGGCUUUGGAGGCGCUUUUAGCGAUGCGGCGAUCUUGAAUAUAAAAACGCUCAGUUCUGAUACUCAAGAGAAUUUAAUGAGAUCGUACUUCACUACCGCAGGUAGUAAUUAUUAUUUCGCCCGUGUACCGAUCGGCUCAACUGAUUCGUCUAUUAGGCCAUACACCUACGACGAUCACUCUGGUGAUGUGGGACUGGAAAGAUUUAGCUUAGCAGUUGAAGACUUACUCUACAGAAUUCCAUUGAUGAAAAAAGCCCAGGAAAUGAAUCCUGAAAUUAAAUUUUUGUCAGCAGCAUGGACUGCGCCACCAUGGAUGAGGACGAAUCACAAUUACACAGGUUACGGAUUUCUAGAAGAAAAGUACUACCAGGUAUACGCUGACUAUCUUGUAAAAUAUUUGAACAAGUACGAGGACUAUGGACUGAAAAUGUGGGCUAUAUCAACGGGCAACGAACCUUACAUCGGUACGCUAAACCUAUCUCAUUAUGGCAGUAUGGGAUGGCUACCGAGUGAUCUCGGCAAAUGGGUUGCGAAUAAUUUUGGUCCAACUAUUCGCAAAUCGAAGCAUAAAAGAACUUUGAUUCUUACCUAUGACGAUGAAAGAACAAUUCUCGACCCGUUUGUCGAUAAAAUGUUUGAGAACGAAUUGGCGAGGAAUUACACGGCUGGUCUUGCAAUACACGGAUACGCGGAUACGGUAGUUCCCACGAGCGUACUUGACGAAAUCAUUCGGCGUUAUCCCGAAAAGUUUCUCAUUAUGACCGAGUUCUCCACGGAGACUUCACAGCGGGGCAAUGUUAUUAGUUUCUUGGGAUCUUGGAGCUAUGGAGAAUCCUACGUGUUGGACAUUAUUCAAAAUUUGAAAAACUGGGUAAUUGGCUGGGUGGACUGGAGUCUUGCUGUAGAUGAAUACGGUGGUCCCGAUUGGAGACAAAACUUUGUGGGUGCCUCGAUUAUCGUGAACUCGGAGGCCGAUGAAUUUUACAAGCAGCCAAUGUAUUACGCCAUCGCGCACUUCAGCAAGUUCAUCACACCAGGUUCAGUCAGAGUGGGACUCACCGGCGGAAAAGAAUUGGUAAAGGCUGCAGCCUUCAAGACACCGAAAAACGAGAUCGUCGUUGUAAUGUACAACAAUUGCAGUGCACAGCAGAAUGUGAUCAUUUCUGACAAAGAGAGAGGGCAGAUUCGCUUACAGCUGCCAGCAAAAUCGAUUCACACAAUUAUGUACAAGUAAUGCUCAUUUUGAUUUACUGAGCACUAUUGGUGUACAAAAAUUGGCGUAACCCUCAAAUAUACCAUCAAUAAAAUAAUAUAGACUCGUAUGCGUACAACUUUUAAAUUAUUAUCUGAAAAAUUGGUAUUGGAAAAAUAAGUAAUGUAAAAAUA